GAGCCUACGGUUGAGUGUUACAUUUGAGAAUGUCUAUGGCAUCGUUGGAUUUGCCACAAAACGAAAGCGCGAAAAAUGGUGAUUAUGAUAGUGAUUUUGGUUUUUCAAAGCUACCAGAUAAGCUUAGGCACUUGAAUAUGGAGAGACAGAGAUCGUUAGACGAGAGGUCCCUUUUUGAGGCAUCACCACGGUACACUACAUGGGCAGAAAAUGGCCAGAGGCCUAUUGACUUCGAGAGCAUCUUUUCACCAAGUAAAAGAUCAUCCUUCAAUACCCUUGGAUCUCAGUACGGGAUGGGGCCAAACUCUAUGUUCGCCGAGGCUUGGGAGUCUUUGAGGAAGACAAUGGUGCACUUUCGUGGUCGACCUGUAGGGACUAUUGCGGCACUUGACAAUUCUGAUGAGAAACUAAAUUACGAUCAGGUUUUUGUGAGAGAUUUUGUUCCAAGUGCUUUAGCCUUCCUAAUGAAAGGAGAGCCUGAAAUUGUCAAGAACUUUCUUCUUAAAACUCUUCGGCUCCAAUCAUGGGAGAAGAAAAUUGAUCGGUUCCAAUUAGGGGAGGGUGUCAUGCCAGCUAGUUUUAAAGUACUUCAUGAUCCGGUUCGCAACACUGAGACUUUAAUGGCAGAUUUUGGUGAGAGUGCAAUAGGACGAGUUGCCCCUGUUGAUUCAGGAUUCUGGUGGAUUAUAUUGCUCCGAGCUUACACAAAAUCGACUGGAGACACUUUGUUGGCUGAAAUGCCUGAAUGCCAGAAUGGUAUGCGGUUGAUACUUGCAUUAUGCCUUUCUGAGGGAUUUGACACAUUCCCAACUCUUCUUUGUGCUGACGGAUGCUCUAUGAUUGAUCGUAGAAUGGGAGUGUAUGGAUAUCCAAUAGAGAUCCAGGCACUUUUCUUCAUGGCAUUGAGAUGUGCUUUAGUUUUACUCAAGCAAGAUGAAGAAGGGAAAAAACUCAUUGACCGAAUAGUGAAGCGGCUUCAUGCUCUAAGUUUUCAUAUGAGAAGCUACUUUUGGUUAGAUAUGAAGCAACUGAAUGACAUAUAUCGGUAUAAAACAGAAGAGUAUUCUCAUACUGCAGUCAACAAGUUCAAUGUGAUUCCUGACUCCCUUCCUGAUUGGGUUUUUGACUUUAUGCCAACUCAUGGGGGAUACUUUCUUGGAAACGUGGGGCCAUCUAAUAUGGACUUCCGUUGGUUUUGCUUGGGAAAUUGCAUUGCCAUUCUUUCUUCUUUGGCAACCCCUGAACAGUCAAUGGCAAUUAUGGAUCUUAUAGAAUCCCGUUGGGAGGAGUUGGUGGGACAUAUGCCAGUGAAGGUUUGUUAUCCGGCCAUCGAAGGCCAUGAUUGGAGGAUUAUAACUGGAUGUGAUCCAAAGAACACUAGAUGGAGUUACCAUAAUGGAGGAUCGUGGCCAGUGCUCCUAUGGUUGCUCACGGCUGCAUGUAUUAAGGUAGGACGUCCCCAUAUUGCAAGGCGUGCCAUGGAGGUUGCAGAACUUAGGCUGGCAAAAGAUGGGUGGCCGGAAUACUAUGAUGGUAAGAGUGGGCGGUAUAUUGGAAAACAGGCUCGCAAGCAUCAAACCUGGUCUGUUGCUGGUUAUCUGGUAGCUAAAAUGAUGCUCGAAGAUCCAUCACAUUUAGGUAUGAUAGCACUUGAAGAAGACAAACAAAUGAAAGCAAGUAUCAAAAGAUCAAAUUCUUGGACUUGUUAAUCUUCAUUCUUUUUAGUAUUGUAAGAUCUUGGCAUUUUUCAUGAGGGUUUCCGUAAGUGUUCAGAAUUUUUCAGAAAGAAUUAAUUGUUGAUUUGUA